AUGGUGGUAUUGGUGGUGGUAGAGAUGGUGGUGAAGGUGGAGGUGGAGGUGGUGGCAGUGGUGGGUGGUGGUGGUGGUGGUGGUGGUGGUGAUAGAGAUAGAGUUAGGGGUGAAGGUGAAGAUGAUGGUGGCGGUAGUUGUGGGUGGUGGGUGGUGGUGGUGGUGGUGGUGGUGGUGAUAGAGGUGGAGAUCAGCGGAUCACGGGAAUAUCAAGAACAUGAACUGAAUUAUCAGCGCUGCCAGGUGCACGAAAUGCGCAUGGAUUAUGCAGAAUCUCGCAUUGAGCUUGAAGAGUUGGAGUAUUGCGGCUGGGAACAGCCGCCGCCAUAUCUGGUAGCCGAGCAAACUUUGGGCAUUGAGAUUGUGGCCAACCAAGAACAGAUGAAGGAAAGGAUGCGCAAAUGGGCAAAGGAGGUUGCUUCCAUGAAUGAGACUCUAAUAUUUCCCCCCAAAUCAACAAGUGUGUUCAGAUAA